AAUGCCUGUAUUAGACACCAAAAACAAUCUGAAGGGGUGCAUUUGAAAAUUCGUUAAUUUUAUGAUUAAGAACAAGAACAUCGUUUGAAAGCCGUUUUUAAAAAGAUUUCAAAACUACUUUACUGAAAUCUGAUUUGAUUUUUACUGACAUUUUAAAUAAAUAAUUCCUAUUUAAAUAUCUGAUACAUAUUUUUUUUAGAAAUUCAUACAAUAAAAAUAUUUAGUCCUUAUACAUAUUUACGACAAAAAGACAAACGUUAUGAGCUUCCAAAGCAGCCAGCCUUCAAAGGGGAAUGUGACCAAUUUAGGAGGAAAUACUUAUUGCGUAGUAUUAAAUAUUGCUGAAGGUGUCGGAUUCGAUCUAAAUGUUGCUUAUAAUCAUAGUAUAAUUCUUAAAGUUUCCCUCAAUGGAGUACUAUUUGAAGUAGUGGGAAAUUCAAUAAAAGCAAAUGUUAUUACAUUUAAUAGUAAUUGUAUUUGGGAGUGCGAAUUGACUGAUAUAAAACGAAUGAAAUCAGAUAAUCGUCCAGUAAAGUUGGAAUGCUUUAUUAAAUACGAUUGUUAUGUAAAUGGAUCUAUUAAACGUGUGGGAUCAUUAUUAUUACCGUUGCGUGGAUUGAAGUUACUACAUACUCUUGAAAAUUUACAGAUAAAGCCGUCUUGGUAUAAAUUAAGUAAUUCAAGUCCCAAAGGUUUUCAAAUUCCACCACAAAUCUACCUUAUGUUGUCAAUUGUUAAGAAAACCUUAGCAGAAUAUAUUCAAUUUGAAACUAGAAGUUUAGACAAAUAUAUUGUUGACAGUCCGAAAGGUAAGCCCAUAUCAACAUCAAACGCUACUCAAACACAAAGAAUGCUGCAGUCUCAAUAUGGAAUUUUUGUGAAAUUGCUAGAAGAUGCUGGUCAUAUACAAAUAGGCAAUAAUCCACAAAUGGAUUGCGACAUUUUCUGUGUCACAAUAACUUUUACCCGAAUUAAACAUUUGUUGCCCCUAUUGAAAAUUAAUGAGAAAUUUAAUGAAAUCAAGAAAAGAUCGUUUGUUUUUCAAUACGAUUUUCUAGGAAGCAUAACAAAUAUAGAUAUUUUUAUAAAUACAAACGACUGCUAUACGAUUAACCAAAAAAUUUCAUUAAAUUUUCGAUCUUCUUUGAAAGGACUUCGGUUAUACUUUCAACGAAUUUUUUAUAUUCCCAUUAAUUUAUAUUAUAUGAACGAUAUUGCCAUAGCAAAGUAUGAUUUUAAUAUUUCGCCAUUGCUCCCCGAAGAGGUACACUAUUUUAAUGAGAAAUCUGUUAAUUUGUGGACGAAAUGCGGUUCAUUCCAUUUUGAUAUUUUCAAUAAUUUAUCUAGUUCAAGUCCAAGACAACCGCCUUUAGUAGAUUUUAUGGUCACUUUAGAAUUAAUUACACAAAAUUCAAAAAGAAACCCGUCUGCUAUUUUACCUACCGCGGGGCAACUUGAGAACGCAGCAACAGAGGAAAAUGGGAUAAGUCAGGAGACUAAAGUUGGAGAAUACUUACAUUUAUAUAAAAAUACUUUCGAGGAAGUCGCAUUAAGAGACGUCCACUCAGAAGCUAGUAACGAUGGUGGAACAAACUUUAUAUCCAAUAAAUCAGUUUGUGAGGCUGCAGUUAAUACAGACGAUCACUUUAUAGUUCAAGAAAGAGAAAAACUGUAUUUACAUUUUUUACAUGAAUUUGAAUAUUGGAAGGAGAAGCAAAUUAGACAUUUCUCAAACGAAAUGGCUCACACAAAGCAAGAGAUACGAGAUCACUGGGAAGAUUAUAUAAACCAUCUAAUUGCUUGUCUUGAGACUAAAGUUUUGAAAUGUGAUAAAAUGUUUGAACAGUUAGAAAAAACACAAACCGAAUUAAAUGAUAUAGCAGAUAUAAGCCUGAAGAAUGCAACAAUAGCAGACAACAUAACACGCGAAAUGGAAUCUUUUUAUCGAAAGAAAACUACUCAAUUUGAAAUGGAGCUAGAAUGCUUAAGAAAUGAAAUUCAAGAAAAGGAAAUCGAGAAGGUAUUAUUGAAGAAACGUAAUGAUCAAUUGGAGAAGCAAUUAUCAAUUUACCAAACUUGCCAUUUAUCUAUAGAUCAACUAAAGGAGGUUCUAAAUGACAUGCGUAACCAAGCUAACCGUUUUGGGGCAAUAGAAUGUUUCUAUAAAGAACAGUGCUUUGAUGAUAUGCACAAAUGGAAAUUGAAAAUAUUAAAGCUGCUUAAUGAGCGAAAUUUUUCCAGAAACUUUGAUGUAAAUUUUAAUUUGGAAGAACUGUUUGAGGAAAUACUAACAAUAAACCCAAAUAAUUUCGAUUCAUUUCAAGAAUCCUCUGCCUGUUCCUUAGAAUGCCCUUCUUCUGGUGGUGAAUUUUUUGUUUAAUGUGUUUUUAAGUAGUAAUACUAAUCAUUUAAAUAUGUAAGUUAUUGUUCAAUUUGUAUUAUUAUUUUUUAUAUAACAAAUUAUAUACACACAUACAUAUUUACAUAUAAUGAUCUAAAUAGACGGAGUAUGUACUACCAAGGAAUAAAUUUAUGUACUAUUUAAUGCCUACACACCAUAAUAUAAGUCGUUAAAUUUUUAUUAUACUGCCAAAAUAAAAUGAAAAUUGGUA